GGUCAACAGAUAAACUCUCUCCCCCCAUCCUUGUCAUUAGUUCCAGACUCUAUUCACGAGUUCAUCGUGAUUCAUCGUAAGCUUGUAGCUGUGCCUACCUUCUCCACAGUCAGAUCCUCUUACGCACGUACAUACUCACUCCUACACAUUAGCCAUGGCUGCAACCUCGCUCCAAUGCAAGCUCUCGCUUGGAUCUCUCGUGAAGGCUGACGUGCCGUCCCUUCGACAAGGACCUGCCGUCGUCUCGAUUCCUCAAAGAAGAGUAUCUGUGCGUGCGGAGCGCCUUGGAAACGACUACACCGGCUACGUCGAGAAGGACACUGCCGGCCAGGAGAACAUCUAUGCCGUUGAGCCUACCAUCUAUGUUGGAAACUCCGGCAGCUCCGGUGUGGUCCUGAACGUCGUCGGUGCUGCUGCUGCGCUGGCCGGUGCAGUAGCCGUGCUCUUCGCUCUCGGCUCGUCGGCUCCCGCACCUCAAGAGGAGACAUAUUCCGGCCCUCCUCUCUCGACCUAUGUUCGGAAAUUUGAGGCGGAGCUUGCUCCAGCUCCCGUGCAGGCUCCCGCGGUUGUUGAUGAGGUUGUCGAGGCGGCCCCUGCUGCUGAGUAAAAGUAGCUACCGGCCGACUCUAGGUGCCGUGACGCUAUGAAGGUGAAGUAAACGAUACGAAACAGCACGAUAAAAUUCACCAUUCUGUAAUUUUAGCGUAGGAAUGCUCUCCUUGACUCCAGGGAAUUCUCUUGUGUUGUCACUACCGAUCCUGAAUAAAUGGUUGACCAUUCC